GUGGCUUUUCCCAACAUCCCAGGGGAAUGUGCACUACACCGUCUGUCCUCUCUGCAAGAGGCCAGAGCUUAGAUAAGAAGGGGUUAAAGGUUUGCCAGAGGGCAGGCUCCAGGGCCAAUGGGUGGAGCCUCAGAGGCUCAGGUCUAAAAUCCUCACCUGGCAUGAUUCAGAGACCCACUGGAAAGAAUCCCUGAGGACCGGAGGCAUUAUGAAAAACCUGUGUUUCAGAGUGAUUACCAUGGUUAUAGGUCUUUAUUUUACUGGCACAAUGACAAACCCAUCAAGAAAAAGCAGCAUUUUAUUCAAUUCCAAGUGCCAAUGGAAUGGAUAUCUUACAACAAAUUGCUCUUUUGCUGGAAAGCAUGAAAUGCCCGUGGACAUAUCACAGAUAGCACCCACAGUGGAUGACAGUUCCAAUUUCUUGAGGGUUCUCUUACAAACUCACAUGAAAAAAGAAGAGUGGAACAUAAAACACCUGGACCUUAGUAACAAUCUCAUAUCAAAAAUAACCUUAAGCUCUCUUGAACAUUUUCAUGCUUUGGAAACAUUAAACCUCAGCAACAAUGCCAUUCACUCAGUAUUAUUGGAUCUACCCAGUUUUAAGUCCUCAUGGGUGAAACACCACAGAGGCAGCUUGAGAAAUCGGCUUCCAUUUCUCAAGUUGCUUACUCUUCAACGAAAUAAACUCAGCAACAUUCCCAAGGGACUAUGGAAACUGAAGUCAUUGCAGAGUUUGGAUCUGUCAUUCAACAGGAUAUCGCAAAUUGGUUUGUCUGAUUUUCAUAACUGCCUGCAACUGGAAAACCUCCAUUUAAAGAGCAACAGGAUAUCCAGAAUUCAUCCAGAAGCCUUCAAGGACCUAAAAAAAUUACAGAUGGUAGACCUCAGCAACAAUGCGCUGACAGCCAUUCUGCCAGUGGUAAUCAUGGCCCUAGAACUUCCCCACCUGGAGGCUGACCUGGCUGAUAACCCAUGGCAGUGUGACUACAGCCUGGCAGUCUUCCAAAAUGUUAUUUCUGAGUCCUGGAGGAAAAGGUGGAAUGCUGUUUGCAAUGAGUCCAUAGGGAAGGAGGAUGCACACUGGUGGACCCCCACAAGCAGAAUGUCCAGAGAGACUCACCUUCCUCACACUGAUUUGAAACAUAUAAAAACCCUCAUACGGAGCAAAGCUGAGAGGGCCCAGGAAGUGCGCUUUUCUAUGCUGGAGAAGGACACUGCAGGCUCUGAUGUGGGUGACAGGCCGAGAGAGCUGCCAAAACGGGUUAGGAGGGCCGAGGAUGUGCGCGCUGCUGGCAGAAAGGCAGACUCUUCCCAGGACCUGGUCCUGGCCGUCUGCCUGUCGGUGUUCAUCACGUUCUUCGUGGCUUUCUGCCUGGGGGCUUUUGCGAGGCCUUAUGUGGACAGACUGUGGCAACAGAGAUGCCAGAAAAAAGGUCCAGGUUCAGCGUCAAGGAAUGAGUAUUCAAACCAGGCCUUCUACGAUGAAAUCGAAGGUGCAGUAAACCUACAGCAGCCGAGGAUGGAUCUGCCCCAAACUUUCCACCAUCUAAACCUCUAUGAGAACCAAGCCCCACGCACCGCUGUGGUUCCAGCAAGAACGGUGGCACCGAGCAGAAGGGAGGCUAGCGGCCGGCAGGACAGGGAACAAUGCGGGGUCUCCACUGGGGCAGGAAGUGGGAAAGAUACGGUUCCCCCAAAUCACAGUGCAGCCCGGCGCGUUCUCUACGGACCGCCAAAUGCCCAUGACACCCAACUCACAUCGGUGGGAUGGGACCACAUCUACAGGAAUGAUGUUCCUGGAGAAGGCAACUAUGACACUAUGGCCAGGCAAGCUUCCCUCAGUGAGCGUUCAGUGGGCAUCCCUGCAGUGGCUGCCGGAAUACAGACCAGCCCUAGCUCAGUCUGUAAGGAUUCCGAUAAACUAGGACCACCCUGCCCCAGAGAAACGACAGUGCCUCUCUCCCAAAGACCAGCACACACACAAGCGCCCAGCACUGGGGAGGAGAGAGGAGGGGUCCCUCCAUACUUCUCUAAGGAGUUUUCUAAGGAGAAUGGGCAGAGCGCACAGCAGCAGAGGCUCCAGGGCGCCGGUGCUGAGGGACAGCCUCCCGCCCACUACGAAGCGGCCACACUCAGUGACCUGGGAGACCCGUCCCCACUCGGCGGCCCUCCAGGAUACCGUGGGGACCUGCCAGUGACUCCAGCUUACCAGGAGCCGGUGCAAAAUCACACUCCUGAUGCUCACUACGAGGUGGACUCUGACUCCGAUUCUGAGGAAGGGUCUUUAUUUACUCUGAGUUCAACAAGUUCAGAAGACUGGAGAAAUGUGGCUGAAGAAGAGGCAGGUGGGGAGCAGAGCUGGAGAGCCAGGGAGCCCCGUGGGGACCAGGUCUCCUGUGAGAGGAGGGACAGUGUCAAGCCAUUAGAGAGUCCUGAGGACAACAUUGCCUUCCAGAAGACUUUGAGGAAAUGUGAAAACCAGGAAGAUCAUUUUGGAAAAACUGUCACUUCUGACCCAGAAUCUCAUUUGUGCCAGACUCAUCUGGAAAGUGCCUCUAACACCAAUAAUUAUGAGGAUCCCUUGCCCCGGUCAUCAGGCAGCAGUUCUAGCAGUGAGGAGGUCCCAAGCAUGUCCAUUUACAAUUACAUCUCUGCUCUUCAACCCAGCGCGGUGGAGUGGCAGUACUCACUUAGAGACUUGGAAUUUGCAAAUGUGGAUGCUUUACCACAAACACCACCGUGUUCUGCCAAAGUUCCCUCAGAUCCUGACAAGUGUCUGUCGUGAAGGAGACACAGAUAUUUGUAAAGAACUUUAUGUUCAAGGAAUAGACACAGCUCAAAACAGUAUUCCUUCCAAGGUCACUGCAGGGCAGAACUUGAGACCCUCACAACAAGAUUCUGAAGAGGACAAGAAGAAUGGACACUGAUGCAAAUGAGGGGUGUGUAUGUCCUCUUGGGGACAAUGAUUCCAGAAAGGUUGUAAGUGGAACACCAUUUGUGAAGGGGUGGGGGACAGGAGGGGUUAUUUGGAAGAUGGUCUCAAGAGCCAGGUACCACUAGUACAAGUGCUUUCAGAUAAGGCCAGCUCCCUGAGCACAUAGGAGCACUUCAGUGAUAAAGACUGGGGUCAGCACUCAAAGCUGAGUCAAUGAACUGGAGUCUCCAAAGUCUUGUCUACGUUUAGUUAAUUCUAAUAUAAAACUGCCAUUCACAAGACAUGGGUCAUUUAGGUGGGGAAGCAUUGAGAUACCUAAACAUCGAAGGUUCCAAUGAAUACAUUUUACACUAAAAUUUAACACUGCUGGUAUUGCAGUUAGAAAAAAAGGUGAUUCCAGUUUUUAUACUCAAAUGCAGACCCAGAGAAACCUGAUGGGAGUUAGCUGUCCAUGUGGGGACCAGAUCUGCUAUGACAAACACAAGGAUGUUCAACCUGAAAAUCAAAGGGGUUCAAGUAACAUUUUUAGUGCAUAUUGAAGCACGUAGAUGGAGCUGCGGAGGAGAUUUUAAUGAAUGUUGCACAAAGAACAGCGCAGCUUUUUGGAGUUUGAUUAGAAAACUACAAAACUGGAGGGAUUCAGAGCAAUUCUAAAUAUUUGUUUAAAAAAUGUUAAUGGAGACUCCAUUUUGUAGAACAAAGUGUAAAUUAAAAAUUAAUUUUCAGGAAGAGCAUUUAUGUUUCUUGUAAAAGAAAAAGGUACUCCACCAUUCUAUGUUUGCCUGGUAAAUGUCUAUGUUGUUGUCAUUUUUAGCUAUGUCUGGCUUGGUCCCAGACCCUCUUGUCUUCUGACUCAGUUUCUUCUCCCUGCGUGAGCUGUUACUUGUCAUGGCUUUUAAUUGUUAUUUUCUGCUUCUGUAACUUCAGCUCUGAAAUCUUUCUGGAACUUUAAACUCACAUCCAGCUGCCUGUUGGAUAGCCCCAUAGGCAGUUCAGUCUAAGCAUGUCCAAAGUGAAACACAGCAGCAGCCCCUAAUCCUCUCCACCACCACCCCCCCACCCCCCAGUCUGAGCCUCCAUUUCACAAUCUGCCCUGUUGCUCCAUCCAGGAACCUGGGGGUCUUCCUCUCCUUGCUGCCCACAUCUAAUUUUUUUCACUGAGUACAAUCACUUCUAGCCCCUCAGUAUCUGUCAAGUCUGUUCUAUCCUCUCUGUCCACGCAGCUCCAGCUUCAGUUCUCACCUUGACUCUCCCACUAGAUCUGUGACAACAGCACACCAACUGGCCUCUUUAGCACUGGCCCUACGUGCCUUUAUCAUCCCCACGCUACAGCCAGGGAGCGGUUCCUAAAACCCAAGUAUGAUCACAUGGCUCCCAUUUUUUGUGGAUGCAGUCUUUUCCGUGUUUUUGUUUUUGUUUUUCUUUUUUAAUAGCACCACAUAACUCCCUGUCUCCAGACCUUUGUCCACAUCGCAUCUGCCUGCAAUGUUCUUUCCAACCCCACCCAACAACUUCACCCCCAAACAAGCCCCCCGUUAAGCUCAACAGACCCUACCUGAGUCUCAGCCUUAACUGUCACUUCCUCAUGGAAGCCUUCCUGGACCCCUAGACUCAGUGGGAUUUUCCUGUUGCAAACUCUCUCAUUACACAAGCAUUGUCCUUCACAAGGAGAACUUAUCGCAAAUAAAGUUGAAUAGUUAUUUGUGUGAUGGUUGGUUUACUGUGUGUCUGCCUCUUCUAUACUCUUACCUCCACAAGAACAACAACAAAGUGUCUUGUCUCCUAAAGGUCUGGCAUUUAAUAGGUUCUCGAUAUAUGGAUUUAUGAAAUAAAUGAAUGAAAAC